AUGAUUCAUCUUGCAAACAAGUUUAAUACAACUAAUUUAAAUAUUUCACUAUGUGUUCUAGAGACAAAUCAGAAAUUUGAAGAAAUGCUUAAUCAAUAUACUGAGUGGCCCUACCCAAUCAAAGAUGAGAUAGCAAAAAGUGCCCUGGCUAAAUUCUGUGAUAAAAUUGAUUUUAAAAAAUUACAUGAAUUACCAUGUCAUGUUAUAACAUUACUACAGAAUCCUGGCUUGUUAAUAAAGUUAUUGCCCUUACUCGUAUAUCGAGUUUCUGAAUAUCUAAAAGUGGUUUUUAUUGGAAAAGGCUCUUUUUCCAACUUUCAAUUAAAAAAAAUACUUCAAGUUCAAAAAAGAAAAAUUGUAGCAGCACUUGAAUGGCUUUUUAUAUACAAUAAAAUAUUUAAAGAGAAAUAUACAAUUGACAAAAAUGCUUUAAAUACUUUGCUUGAAAGUAAUAUUCCUAAAACCUUACUUUUAACUACUACUAUUAUAUGUGUUGAUUAUCAACAAACAGAUAAUUAUACAGGCUAUACCCAAGAUCUCUUUUUUAUUAAUGCUGAAUCAGAUAAUGAAAGCGAUGAAGGAAUAUCUGUUGAUGACAACUCUCUCUUGAUAUCUAGACUUAACCCAUGUGAUUUAAAACUAGCCAUUGAGCAAGUGCAAAAUAAGCAAAAUAUAACUAACCUUGUGAUACUUGAACUACUCAAAAAUAUCAAUGCUGCUGGUUCUAAAUUAAUGGCUUUCUACCAAUCCCAUCUUCAUAUGUGUAAUAAAAUACGUGCUACUAUUAUGCGAGAUACUGUUGCAAAAUAUUUUAACAUAGUUAUUCAAUCAAUUAUAGACACUUUGAUUGGUUAUAAUAAAGAAAAAGGUGGAAUAUUUGGUUUUAUGAAAAAUUAUUAUGGUGUUGUUGAGUACCAGAACCAUGGCACCUCUUAUUGUUACAUGCUUAUUUGGUUUCAUGGUGCAUCAGAUCCAAUUACGUUACAUUGUAAAAUUAAAGAUAAUAAUGAAUUUAGUAACUAUUUAUUAUGUUACCUUAGUAAAAUUAUUAAAGAGAAUAUAAGUUAUCUUCUUAAAGAAGGUGAUAUUUUAACUGAUGAAAUGCUUAAAGCAGAAUAUGUUGCUUCAAAAACAAUUAUUGAAAAACAAAUACAUCCAUUUUUUCAACCUAUACCAGAUCCAAGAUCAGAUGGAUUCGAGGAAAAAUUUCGUCAAGACUUAUUUGCUAUUACUAAAUAUACACUUGUUCACCACUAUAACUGA